AAAGGAAAUGGAAAAGGAGAGAAAACAUUACAAGCACCAAGCUUAAGCCAAGCCACCAACAAGGACAAGAAAGACAAGGGAGACAGAGAGCACCUUGUGGAGCUCGUGUAUCCUUCUUUCUGAUUAAGAAACCCUAGUUUUCACCGUCUCUAACCAGCCCCUUUUUUAUUCUCCAUUAAUCGCCGCCGUUUCAUCCUCCCAUCUCCCUCUGUAAAACCCCUUAUUUCUCGAAUCUAGGGCUCCUUCUCGUCUCCAAAAAAGCUUGAAUUUUUGUAUUAAUAUCGAAAAAGCUGGGAGCUUUUGGAAUUUGGGUUGUUAAAAAAAAAAAGUUAUGUAUAGUCAUAGAGAUCGGGAAGGAGGGCCAUUGGAUUGGAAGCGCAUUAGUGAUGUGCUGGAUAAGCAUCUAGAGAAGUCGCCCUCGUCGACUUCGAGGGGAUUGAAUAGCAAAGACAAAGAAAGGUCCUCCCUCCCUUCAACUUCCACUGGUAAAUCCCAGCUUGAUCAUCGCUCUGCAUCGCUCUCCAAAGCCAAAUAUUCUGAUGAGGAAUCUGAAACAGACAGUGAAGAAUCUGAUGUUAGUGGUUCUGAUGGAGACGACACGUCUUGGAUCUCGUGGUUUUGCAAUUUACGAGGCAAUGAGUUUUUCUGUGAAGUUGAUGAUGAAUACAUUCAAGAUGAUUUCAAUCUUUGUGGCUUGACCAGUCAAGUUCCUUAUUACGACUAUGCGCUGGAUUUAAUAUUGGACGUUGAAUCUUCUCAUGGUGAUAUGUUCACUGAAGAACAGAAUGAAUUGGUUGAAUCGGCAGCUGAGAUGUUGUAUGGUCUUAUACAUGUUCGUUACAUAUUAACUAGCAAGGGAAUGUCUGCUAUGUUGGAGAAAUACAAAAGCUAUGACUUUGGGAGAUGCCCAAGAGUUUAUUGUUGUGGACAACCUUGUCUCCCAGUUGGUCAGUCAGAUAUUCCUCGUUCAAGUACGGUGAAAAUCUACUGUCCUAAAUGCGAAGAUAUAUAUUAUCCUCGAUCCAAGUAUCAAGGAAAUAUGGAUGGAGCUUAUUUCGGAACAACAUUUCCACAUCUAUUUCUGAUGACGUAUGGGCACCUAAAACCACAAAAGCCAACACAAAACUAUACCCCAAGAGUUUUCGGGUUCAAGAUCCACAAGCCCUGAGAUCAUGUAAUAUUUGCUGUAAGUUGUAUUGAGUGGGAUGACGAUUUUAACUUGAGCCUAUCAUGGCCUAACAUGCAAGCUGAAGUGGGAUUCCAUAAAAAAACAGGUAUGGGAAUGAAGAAAUAGCAGAAGGAAUCUGUCUACAAUUAAACUCACAGAGCGUUUGUAAACAUAAUUUACUUUUUGCUUUUCUUGUUUUGUGGGGGGGUUGAGGAUCGGUUUUUGUGGUUUAAGCUGAGAUAUCCUUUCCACCCUUUAUUGACUUUUGACUACACAUUUCGCCUUUUUCUCUAUAUAUAAAAUGUACUCAGCUUCCUCUGGAUUUGUAUUCAAUAACCCCAAAACAAAAACAAUAAGAAAGCCAGUUAUAUGAUAUAUUCACUGUUUCAUUGUUCUGUAA